AUGGGCCUCGUCGCCGCCGGCCCACCCGUGAUGCCCGCCUCCUCGCGCGGGGGGAUCAAUAGUCGAUCUCGCGGCGCCUCGAGUGGCCGGGGGGAGCUGGGCGUCGCGGCGCGGCGCGGCGCAACGCGGGUCGCGCGCCCCAGCGGAGGGGUUGUGGGAAGCGUCGCGACGCUCGGGGCCCCAAGACGCCGCCGCCGCCGCCGCGCCUCGGCCCCCCGGGACGCCCUACACGUAGCCGCCACCGCCACCGCGGAGCGGGCCGUGGAAGCUUCUGGCCUGGCGCUGGCAUCGCCAUGCACUCGACUCGCCAAGACGGUCGUGACGUCGGCGGCGGAGGCGGAGGCGGAGGCGGCUACCGACCUCCAGGCCGGGUCGCGGAGUGAGGGCACGGUGAACCAAAGGAUGCAAUCACGGAGAGAGGAUGAACUUCAACGAGCCGCCGGCCGCCCCCGUGACAGACGACUCGGAGUAAGCAAAAGUGCCAUCAUCGGGCCCCGUGACUCGCCCGGUCUGUCUUGUGCUGUGUCUGCUGCUGUCGCUGUGGCUGUGCGCGUCGCGGGCGCGGGGGCGUGCGCGGUGCCCGGGCGGGCCGGGCGCUGGGCGGGUGGCGCGCGCGCAGGGGCGGCGGCGGUGGCAGUGCGCGCUGCCGGCGGCGACGCCGCGCUCUUCGCCCUGCCUGCCGCACCGCCGGCCCCCCCCCGCCCCGCGCCAGCGCCCGCGUCGCCGCCUCUGCCUCGCCUCGCGCCGCCUCAGGCCGCCGCCGGCAACGCGUCGUGGAGCGCGCGAUUAUGCGGACGCCACGCCCAUCGCCGCGGCAACGCGGACGGCCGCCUGCUGGGCGGCCGCAGGAUUGUAUUGCGAGCAGAACGGUGA